CCGCGGCCUGCGUCCGCCCCGCCGAGCCGCAUGUCCGCGGCGAGCCGCCUGCCGCUCCCGAGGAGGGGCAGGCCCCGGCGGCCCCUGCUCGCAGGGCUGGCUGCGUAAGUACCCGCUGGGGCCGGGGAGAGGACGCCUCAGCCGCCGGCGCGGAUCCCCGGCUCGGGCUCGGCCAGCCCUGCCGUCCUUCCCGGCCUCCGCUUCUCCCGAGCAAGAGGGCUUCGCCGUGAGGCGCAGCAAACCCUGAGGAGCAGCGUGGUUGUUUUCUGCAUUGAAGCAGUCCUGGGGCAAAAAUUUCGUCCUAAGGCAAUGGAAAACUAUGUGGCGUCGAUGGUGCUGAGCGCAGUUGGUGACACGCUGGGCUAUUACAAUGGGCAAUGGGAGUUCCUGCAGAGUGGCCCAGCCAUCCACAAGGAGCUGGCGGAGAUGGGGGGACUCGGCAACUUCAGCAUCCAGGGUUGGAAAGUCAGCGAUGAUACAGUGAUGCACUUGGCCACGGCCGAAGCCCUGGUAGCUGCUGGGAAAAACACAAGUUUAGCACAUCUCUAUUCCCUGAUUGCAAAGAACUACAAGGAGUGCAUGAAUGACAUGAAAGGCCGAGCUCCAGGUGCCACCUGUAAGGAAAAUGUGCUGAAGCUGGAUCCGGAGCGGCCAGACGGCUGGAGGAUCCCGUUCAGCCCACGGGCAGGAGGCUGCGGGGCCGCCAUGCGCUCCAUGUGCAUUGGGCUGCGUUUCUGUCACCCCGCUGAGCUGGACACCCUAGUACAAGUCAGCAUCGAGAGCGGCCGAAUGACCCACCACCAUCCCACUGGUUACCUGGGGUCCCUGGCUUCGGCCCUCUUCACGGCUUUUGCAGUGAACGGCGUCCCCCCCCAAGCCUGGGGGAAGGGGCUGAUCGAGGUGCUGCCGCGGGCAAAAGCUUAUGUACGGGACACUGGCUUCUUCGUGGAGGAGAACAUGGGGCAAUGGCAUUACUUUGAAGAGCAAUGGGAAAAAUACCUGGCGGAGAGAGGCAUAUCAGGCGGGGUCUCGCCGCCCACCUUCCCCCCCAAGUAUGGCGUGGAAGAGAGAGACUCGUUCUACACCUCCCUCAGCUACGACGGCUGGGGGGGCAGCAGCGGGCACGAUGCCCCCAUGAUCGCCUACGAUGCACUGCUGGGCGCAGGGGACUCCUGGGAAGAGCUGGCUCAUCGGGCUUUCUUCCACGGGGGGGACAGCGACUCCACCGCCACCAUUGCGGCUUGCUGGUGGGGGGCCAUGCAUGGCUUCCAGGGGGUCCCCGCCUCCCUCUAUGCCCACCUGGAGUACAGGGACCGUCUGGAGCAGGUGGCCAAGGACUUGUACCACAUCGCCUAGGCGGGGGGCGGCAGGGCCCCCCAGGGGCGCGCUUACCCCACCUGCCGCCCCUUGUUCACUCAAGGUUUUGCAAAGUCGGUUUGCGAACCCACUGGCUUACAAACGUAAGCCAGAGCCAGGCCUCCUUUUUCUGUUUGUGUGUGUUGGCUUCACCAGGGAGGCCAUUUCAGAGCUAGCAGUUAGGGCUUUGUGGGUGGGGGGGAGCAGUUACAAGGUGGUUUGAUGGGAGCACACAGUGGUCCCUCAAGCAGCCAAGCCCUGAGACAUCUCUCCUCUGCUGCAUGGCGGCUGCACAUUGUCAGGAGCAGGAGCACUCGCUGCAGCAUUGCUAGCUAUGCUCCAGCAGCAGGACAGGCAGCAAAACCCACUCAAGCUGCCCCAAGCCAGGAUCCUGCCCUUACGAGCAUGCCAGAGGGGGUCAGGAACGCACGCCUGACUGCAGGGAUUGUACACGGGCUGGCAGCCAUACAUCCCAGCAAACCCGCUCACUGCCUGGUACUGUCAACAGGGAGUGCCGGGGACACCACUUGCCAUAUAGGACUGAGCAUUUGUAGAGCUAAAACCUCUGCUCCUUAGCACAGGGGCUAUAGCAGAUUGACCUACUGGGGGCAGGGGGCAAACAGCCAGCUGUGUCUGGGGACAACAGAGCUUUCUCAUACAAUUAUUUUAGCAAAGGAUAUUUUUUGUUUUAAAUCAAUGUGGAAAAAAACCCAAACCCAACCUUACGGCUGCAUCAGCAGUGCAUCUUGCACAAUGUCACAGCACUUUUGCUAUACAGGUAAGAAUGUAUCGCACUACUUCCCUAUUUCAGUCAAUGGGAGUUCAAGACUACUGACCAAACCCUUAUUCAAGGUAUAAGUGGGUAAUGAGAAUUAACAGGUUGCAUUUUACAUCAACUUAAGCAACUUCUGUAGUGAACUAUAUUCUUCUGCUUACAUCAAGGUUACUAAAGAUCAUUUGCUUACCAUUUGCUAUGGAUAAUUCCAUAAAGUAUGUUUUUUUUUCUUCAAAUCCAGACUAUGACACAGCGAAAUAAUUCCUUACUAUUUUCAGAGCAAUUUCAAGAACGGUGUAUCCCAUUCAAUAAAUAGACCUGACAUGCCUCUCUUAAA